AUGUGGGAGAUGUAUGCAAUUGCCAAGGCAGCGGGACACCCACCACCAGAGGAGAUUAUAGAUUUCUAUGCGUAUCGUCUGCCGAAUGAUUGUCGGUAUCGGCCAAGCAUGCUGUUGGAUUUCGAUCACGGGAGGCCGAUGGAGUUGGAGGUUGUCUUGGGGAAUCCGUUGAAGCGGGCAAAAGAGCUAGGCGUGCAGGUGCCUACCCUGGGCACAUUGUAUGAACAAUUGAAGAUGAUAAAGUGGAGGGUGGAGCAGGAGAAGGCAGAGAAGAAAAUAAACGGCGCGUAG